CUCAUCUUCCCAAUGGAACUUAAAAAUUUGAUAUUCAUCAUCAUCAGCACCAUUGCCAUCACCACUCCACUUCCAUCUCUCUCUUCCCAAAUCCCAACACCAACAGUAACUUCUUCACAAUACAAAACCCUAACCCGAAACACCAUCCAACAGCAGUUUCUCCGACCACACAACACCUUAAGAGCCAAGCUUCGUCUCCCUCCUCUCAAAUGGAGCAACAGCCUCGCCCGCUACGCCACCCGGUGGGCAAGAACCCGCCGUGGAGAUUGCAACCUUAUCCACUCUGGUGGACCUUACGGGGAGAAUCUCUUUUGGGGAAGUGGUAAAGGGUGGACCCCAAAGGACGCGGUGGUUGCGUGGGCUUCGGAGAGGAAAUUCUAUGACAGGAAGACUUACCGAUGUAAGGCGAAUGGGGAUUGUUUGCAUUACACGCAACUUGUGUGGAAGAGGAGUUUGAGGAUUGGUUGUGCAAUGGGUUUUUGCAAGAGUGGUGACACUUUUAUCAUUUGUAAUUAUGAUCCUCCUGGUAAUAUUGUUGGACAACCACCGUUUUGAAUGUUGUGUGUAUAUCUCGUAUUUACUUUUCCCACAUUUCUCAAAAACGUAUUUUAAAUUUAUCAACACUUGUAUCCACAUAAAUUCUCAAAAACAUAUUUUAAAUU